AGUGACGUCAGCGCCUCCUUACACGGAGCCUCCUGGUGGCGUGUGUCCGGUGACCUCUCUGGAAUAGGUUAAGGAGCUUCUUCCCCCGACGUCUCCAGGUUUCUGCAGAACUCCGGAGGAGUUAGCUCAGCAUGGGCACCGUCCACGCCAGGAGCCUGGACCCGCUGCCCAUGCGGGGCCCGGAGCUCGGGGUCCAGGCCGACGACAUGGAGAACCCGGACCUGGAGCCCAAGCAGGAGAUCCUGGAGAACAAAGACGUGGUGGUCCAGCAGGUCCACGUGGACGGGCUGGGCAGAACCAAGGAGGACCUGCUGACGUACGAGAUCGCAGAAGUGUUCCGGGCCCGGAACCUGAUCGACGUGAUGCGGCGGGCCCACGAGGCGCGGCAGAAGCUGCUGCGGCUCGGCAUCUUCAGGAAGGUGGAGGUCGUGAUCGACACCUCGCGAGGUGAGGACGCGCUCCCCAACGGCCUGGACGUGACGUUCGAGGUGACGGAGCUGCGGCGCCUGACGGGCAGUUACAACACCAUGGUCGGAAACAACGAGGGCAGCAUGGUUCUGGGCCUGAAACUGCCCAACGUCCUGGGCCGGGCGGAGAAGAUGACGUUCCAGUUCUCCUACGGAACCAAGGAGACGUCGUACGGCCUGUCCUUCUUCAAGCCCCAGCCGGGACACUACGAACGCAACGUCUCUCUGAACGUCUACAAGGUGACGGGUCAGUUUCCCUGGAUCCUGAGGGAGACGGACCGGGGCGUCUCUGCAGAACUCAGCUUCCCCGUGUGGAAGACCAGCCAGACCCUGAAGUGGGAGGCCGUGUGGAGGGAGCUGGGCUGUCUGGCCAACACGGCGUCCUUCGCCGUCCGGGAGGAGAGCGGCCACUCCCUCAAGUCCUCGCUCUCGCACGCCAUGGUGGUGGACACCAGGAACUCCUCCAUCCUGCCCCGGAGAGGCGGCCUGCUGAAGAUCCACCAGGAGCUGGCCGGCUACACCGGAGGAGACGCCAGUUUCCUGAAGGAGGACUUCGAGGUCCAGAUCAACAGAACCCUCCUCUGGGACUCGGUCCUCUCUGCCUCCCUGUGGGGCGGUCUGCUGCUUCCCAUCGGGGACCAGCCCACCUGCAUCGCCGACAGGUUCUACCUCGGGGGGCCCACCAGCAUCAGGGGCUUCAGCAUGUACAGCAUGGGCCCCCAGACGGACGGAGACUACCUGGGGGGCGAGGCCUACUGGGCCGGGGGUCUGCACCUCUACACCCCCCUGCCCUUCAGGCCCGGCAGGGGCGGCUUCGGAGAACUGUUCCGGACUCACUUCUUCCUCAACGCUGGAAACCUCUGCAACCUCAACUACGGUGAGGGGCCCCGGGGCCACCUGAGCAGACUGGCCCAGAGCCUCCGCUGGUCCUACGGGCUGGGGCUGGUGCUGCGUCUGGGAAACAUCGCCCGGCUGGAGCUCAACUACUGCAUCCCCAUGGGAGUCCAGAGUGGAGACAGGAUUUGUGACGGGGUCCAGUUCGGCGCCGGGAUCCGGUUCCUGUGAAACUUCACUCCUUCAUCUCAUCCGUGUUACUAGAAGAGGACGUUUGUACAGAAAUGUUGUUGAGUCGAGUUACUUUAAUAAAGAUGUUUCAGCUCCGACCCCUCAGGCCGACUCAGCGCUUUAUCUGAGUCUGCACCGACGAAAGCAAAGAUACGACGUCUAACUGUGUAAAAUGAUCUGUAAGUGAUUUGUGUUGGUUUAUCAGAAACCUGUUUCUUCUCGGACAAAGUCAGACUUUUUCUCUGAAACUAUUUACUUUUUGAAGAAAUAAAUGAAUAAUCCGAACUGUU